CCAUACUAAGGGAUUCACAGUCCCAUUCAUGAAGAAUCAUUUUACCAUCCGCGCAGAUAUAAAAAUCCCUUUUUUGCUUUGUUUUCUCUCCACUUUGGGGUCUGGGAGAGAGUUUCUUUGGAAUAAGUCUUUGUCGUCUGCCCUAGUUUGCACAAGUAUUACGAACAAGUACAUCGUGUCUCAGCGUAAAGUUAGAAGUAGGGAUGAGAGUAUUCUGGGAAAUAAAUCAACGGCAGCAUUCAAAAACCUCUAGUUUUUGGGAUAAGAAGUACUCUCACCUUUGCGUUAGUUAGUCUUGUCAGUAUCAAAAUGUCAUUUGAACUAGUGAUUGCAGCUAGAAACAGGAAGAGAUUCUAGAAUCCACCUCCAAUUAAUAGAAUAAACUUCCC